AGAAUACAUUGCUGACUGACUUUUGACCCCCCUCCCCCCAGUUCGUGGGAUAGAGUCAUGGUGAAAUCAUGCUGCGCAAUAAACUGCAAUAACAAAUUUUCACUGGGCAAUAAUAUCUCCUUUCACAGGUUUCCCCUUGGAAAAAAAGACGUCUUAAAAAAAUGGGUCUGGAACAUUCGGCGGAAGAAUUUCACUCCCACACGUCACCAUGUGCUCUGCUCAGAACAUUUUUGCGAGGCAGAUUACCUAGAAAAUGUGGCUUCCGGUAGGCGAUACCUCAAGCCGGAAGCGAUUCCGACGGUUUUUAAUAUACCUGAGCGACAGAGGAAGGGCGCUAAAAGAAGGCGGCCACUUCUCCGCCGUAAGCCCCCCGACCCUCCACCGAGGAAUCUGUUAAAAGUGGAAAGCAGUGCCAACGCCCCCUUGCCCGGGAGUAGCGUGGUGGGUCUGGAGCACUCCUACUCUCUUCCCGCCAGCCCAGAAGGUCGUGAAAGGGGAUCGUGUGACUCCAGGACAUUGCAACCGUCAUACAUGUGA